AUGAGUGAAGUUGAACAAGCAGCAACUGCCACUGUCAAGGCGGAACCCAAAAAAGAAACUACCCCUACUUCAGCUCCUGCUCCUGAAGGGGACUCAUCUAAAGAUAAACAACUUUCCAACAAGGAAUUGAAAGAAUUGAAAAAGAAGGAAAAGGCUGCGAAAAGAGCCGCCAUGAAGCAGGCUAGUGGUAUAUCUAUUGAGCAACAACAGCAGAGUGCACAAUUAAAGAAAGAGAAGAAACAACAACAGCGUGAAAAGCAACAACUAGAAAAGAAAAAGAAAGAGGAGAAGAAAAAUAGAAAACUAAACGCCAAGCAACAACAUCUAAAGAAGAGCACUUUAUUUGGACAUUUAGAAACAACUGAAGAAAGAAGAGCUUCCAUUUUGGCUUUAACAAGUGCAGUGACAUCUUCUAAUGCCUCAAAAAUUACAGCUGCCGGAUUAAUGGUUCCAAUGGUUGCCAGUGCACUCUCGGGAUCUCAAGUCUAUACCACAUCAUCCCUGGGAAUUCCUCUAACCCAAGUUGUAUCUGCCACACCAUCCAUCAAUAAUGCAUUGGAAACUGCAUCCACCACCACUCCACCUACUAUUUCUACGCCAAACGACAUGGCUAAGGCAUUAGCGUCUAUUUCAUUGGAAGGAGACAAACAAUCCAUGGUGCCAGGUGUUUCAUCUGUGAUUCCAGAAGCUUUAGAAAAUAGUCUUGGAAGCUCACAAUUAAUAUCCUCCGUGAAAGAAUUAUUAACGAAUAAGGAUUUGAUCCAUCCUGCUAUAUUACGUUUAACCUCUAAUUUAGCUAAUUACAAGAUUGUAGGAUCCAUUCCUCGUUGUAUUGCGAUGUUAGAAGCGUUCCAAAUUGUUGUCGGUGAUUAUCAAACUCCCAAGGGGACUACAUUGUCACGUAAUUUGACAAAUUAUUUAUCUCAUCAAAUUGAUAUAUUGAAGAAAGCAAGGCCUUUAAGUGUCACUAUGGGUAAUGCAAUUAGGUGGUUGAAGCAAGAAAUUUCAUUAAUUGAUCCUGCUACAUCAGACAAAGUGGCAAAGAAAGAUCUUUGUGAAAAGAUUGCUCAAUUCGCAAGAGAAAAGAUCGAAUUGGCUGAUCAGUUGAUCAUUGAUAAUGCCUCCACUCAAAUUGAAAAUAAUGCUACUAUUGUAACAUAUGGUGGAUCUAAAGUGUUAACAGAAAUGCUGUUAUAUAAUGCAUUAGAUCUACAAAAAAACAUUAAAGUUAUCGUAGUGGAUUCAAGACCAUUGUUUGAAGGUAGAAAGAUGGCUGAUACAUUAAGAAAAGAGGGUGUGAAUGUUAUGUAUGCAUUGAUCACAAGUUUGGAUACUAUUUUUAAUAUGGACGUGGAUUAUGUUUUCCUUGGUGCUCAUUCUAUUUUAUCUAAUGGAUUUUUAUAUUCAAGAACUGGUACUGCCAUGCUUGCGAUGACUGCUAAGAGAAGAAACAUUCCAGUACUUGUUUGUUGUGAAAGUUUGAAAUUCUCUCAAAGAGUUCAAUUGGAUAGUGUUACAUUUAAUGAAUUAGCAGAUCCUAAUGAUCUUUUAUCAACAGGAUAUGAAAAUCCUGUGGAGAGGCGUGGGAAUAAUGGUGCCUUGUUGAAACGAUUCAUUAAGGAACGUGAAGAAGCUAAGAAAAAGUCUGAUAUUGAAAAUAAUAAACAAAAGGGCAGUAAUAAGCACCAAUCAUCAUCAUCCAAGACAGACAAGGAAUCGAGUGUGGAAGAAGCAACGAAUGAUGAUGAAGAUAAAUGUAUACUAGAUGGAUGGCAAGAGCUCCCAUCUUUGAAUAUUGUUAAUAUUCUUUAUGAUUUGACUCCACCAGAAUAUAUCAAGAAAGUCAUUACAGAGUUCGGUGCCUUGCCACCUUCAUCUGUUCCUGUUAUUCUAAGGGAAUAUAAAGGUUCAGCAUAG